AUGACGGUCACACCAACAACUCCCCUCUCGGCCGACUCCUUCCUGGCCCACAUCAAGAACCGCCGGACCUACUAUCCGCUCAACAAGGAGCUUGCCAUCCCGCCUAGCCGCAUCCAGGAGAUCGUCAAGGAGGCGCUGCAGCACGUGCCCAGCAGCUUCAACUCGCAGAGCAACCGGGUCGUCGUGCUGUUUGGGGCCGAGCACGACAAAUUCUGGGACAUCACGACCGAGACGCUCAAGGCCAUCGUCCCCGUCGAGCAAUGGGAGAGCACCGCGGGCCGCAUGGCCAUGUUCAAGGCCGCCGCCGGGUCGAUUCUCUUCUUUGAGGACCAGACGGUCGUCGAGGGCAUGCAGGCCAAGUUUGCCCUCUACGCUGAUCGGUUCCCUGUUUGGGCGGCACACAGCUGCGCCAUGCUGCAGUUUGCAGUCUGGACCGCCCUCGAGGCCGAAGGGCUCGGUGCCAACCUGCAGCACUAUAACCCCUUGAUCGAUGCCAAGAUCGCCGAGGAGUGGAAGCUGCCAACUACCUGGAAGCUCAGUGCGCACCUCGUUUUUGGCGGCAAGACGGCUGACGCCGGGGAGAAGGUAUUCAACCCCGUCGAGGAGAAGUACAAGGUCUUUGGUGCGUAG